AUGACCGUGGCGGACCUCAUGACCGUGGCCGACCUCAUGACCGCGGCGGACCUGAAGACCGUGGCGGACCUCAUGACCGUGGCGGACCUCAUGACCGUGGCGGACCUCAUGACCGCGGCGGACCUGAAGACCGUGGCGGACCUCAUGACCGUGGCGGACCUCAUGACCGUGGCGGACCUCAAGACCGUGGCGGACCUCAUGACCGCGGCGGACCUGAUGACCGUGGCAGACCUCAUGACCGUGGCGGACCUCAUGACCGUGGCGGACCUCAUGACCGCGGCGGACCUCAAGACCGUGGCGGACCUCAUGACCGCGGCGGACCUCAUGACCGCGGCGGACCUCAAGACCAUGGCGGACCUCAUGACCGCGGCGGACCUGAUGACCGUGGCGGACCUCAUGACCGUGGCGGACCUCAUGACCUCAUGGCAAACAAAAUCUAAAUCAUUUAUAAUAAUGUCCCAAUGUCUUCCACGCUGCUCUCUGCUUCAAGCUUAA